AGAAACGGUGGCUGCUGCCCGUAAAGGACGCUGUCCGUGUUAAACUUCAACCCGGAGCUCAGUUUAUACAUUAACACUGUCCCUUUAGCGGGCAGCAUCCCGGAGGAGGACGGAGAGUAGAACAAUACAGCUGAGACAGGCCGUCGUUGGAGCAGCUUGAGGAAUGAAGACAUACCAGUCAGGAUAAUGACAGAGAAGAAGAAGCGGGAGAGAUAAACCACACAGGGGAUAUCCACUGUGACCCGACGACUCAACACAAUAAGCCCUCCUGCCUCUGCUAUGGAGCAGGAAGAAACAGCAGCACGAGAGGAUGCGGACUCACCGCUCAUGUACAGGAUAGAGCGUCCAGUCUACGAUGAAGCUUUCAUCAAGACGCAUUUUGUCAACCGCAAAGAAAACGCCACCACCACCGUCCGGCAGAGGCUGGCGGAGAAGUUUCAGUGUUCGUCAAAGAAGGCCAAGGCAGUAGCGCUGAGUUUUCUGCCUAUUCUGACAUGGCUGCCGUCCUAUCCAGUCAAGCAGUACCUCUUUUCGGACGUGGUGUCAGGUCUCAGUACAGGAGUUGUGCAGCUCCCUCAAGGUCAGUCCCCUGCAGCACUGCUGUAUCAUACAGUAGCCAUGACGGUCAAAGAAUGUGAAGGGCUAGCUGCCAACUCCCAAGAGACUGUUUUCAGCUUCACGCUGUCUUUGUUUUGGUAUCCCUGUAGCUCUCAU